AGGGGAGCCUCGAGGAAGCUCGGGGACACUCGCACACGACUCUAGCUUACGUCAAAUUCUGCGACACGUUUUCUUCUCGUGACCGCGACUCUUGGUCGAAUUCAUAAUCCUACUCGUCUGACCUUGAAUCCAGAUAUAAUAUUGCGAAUCAGAUAUAGGUGUAAAUUGCUACAGGAACCAUCUGUUCUGCUUCAUACUGGACUCGAUGUAACCUAAAACAGCUUUGUGUUAGCGCUCCGCGGUCUGAUAGCGUUUUAUCGGGAGAGAGGCGGAAGUAAGAUAUUCGAGUAAUCACCUUGCUCGCGUACGUAUCGCGCGAUAAUAAUUGUCAUACAUGACAUGACAGAUUACAUGAGAUUAUAUUGGUGAAAAGAUGUUUUUGAUGAGAACCAUUAAAAAAUUCACGUUAACAGUAAGUCCAGUUAAGCAGCAAUGUCAGCUGCAUUCGUACGGUGCAUCGUCGAGAAACACGAUUCACCCUAUGACCUUAUUAUUUGGAACUCAGCGUUUCUGUAGCGAUAAUCCACUUAAAUGUUGGAACUGUAAUUAUGUAUACAAGUCCGAGCUGUUCUGCUCGAAGUGCAAAGCGUUGCAGGAAUUACCACAGAACUUGAACUACUUUGACAUCAUGGGAAUUAGAAAAAAUUAUAAUGUCAUAAAUGAGGAAGUGCAUCAAAAAUAUAGAGAGUUGCAAAAAAUGUUGCAUCCUGAUAAAUUUGGUAAUAAAUCUGAGAAAGAAAGACAAAUCUCAGAGAAUUUAUCAUCUCUAAUAAAUAAGGCUUAUAGUACAUUAAUGCAUCCAUUAAAAAGAGGAUUGUAUAUGUUACAAUUAAAAGGUAUAUCAAUAUCAGAAGAAACUACCAACUUGAAUCCAGAAGUUCUUAUGGAAAUUAUGGAGCGUAAUGAGGAAAUAGAAAAUGCAAUGGAAGACAAAGACAAAAUCUUUCAGUUGACCAAAGAAUCUAAGGAAGUACUUGAUACAUUGUCAAAGCAAGUGGCAGAAGCAUUCAAUAAGGAAGAUAUUGAAACAGCAACAAAAAUCUUGACAAGAAUGAAAUAUUACGAUUCUAUAAACAAUAAAUUAAAAAGACUGAAACAUGACUUAGGUAUAGUAGAAUAGAUACAUCUUUUACAAAAAGCCAAUUUGUUUUUAUAUAAUUUUU